ACAAACUCUCCUCGGACUUGCAGUUCAGCGCUAGCUGCAUACACUUGCUGGGUUGCAACUUUUUCUUCCUCUCCCUCCCCUUCCUCACUUUGACGGGCAGCAAUGAAGUCAGAGUGAUGUCAUAUAAGGAUGCGAGUGCCUGGCAAGGUGACAUAGGUUUUUGGUGAGUGGUAUUCUCCACAGCCAGCGUUGCCUAUCGAGAGAGGCGCGGAGCUGCAAAAGAUGGUAAUCAUCACCACCUCAAGCUCUGUCACGCUCUCUCCUUUUUCUCCUCCUCUUUCGGGCUAUCAUUUCAUGCCAGAAGACCUGAUCUGCCUUCCAAAAAUAAGCCUUUACCACCAUGCCGAAGGAAGAAAAACAAGAAGAGAGGUAUUUUUAGGGCCAUUAACUUUGACCACGUGCCCCGAAGGUAAACUGGAUGGCCAUUGCGCAAAGGUUCUUUAUCGGUAUGUGCAACGAGGCCAGCACGCACUGGACGUUGACUGCAAUUGUUCUCUUGGGGUCUCUAUUGGGGAUUGUGUCAUCAUAUCCGAUUCCAAGCAGGACUAAUGUAACUUUAUUGGAGCAAAGGUGGGAGACCCUCUUUUCCCGCUCCGUUCUCGGCAUCUCUGGUGCGAAAUCGGACAUGAACUGGGAGAGUGACUAUUUGCUGGGCAUCAAGAGAGUGCGGCGACUUUACUGCAACGUUGGCAUUGGAUUUCACCUGCAGAUCCUCCCUGACGGCAGGAUAAACGGUGUACAUAAUGAGAACCAGUACAGUCUAAUAGAGAUCUCUACCGUGGAGAGAGGAGUGAUAAGUAUGUAUGGAGUGAGAAGUGAGCUGUUUGUCGCAAUGAACAGCAGAGGAAGGUUGUAUGGAACGAAAUUCUUCCGGGAUGAGUGCAAGUUCAAGGAGACCUUGCUGCCAAACAACUACAAUGCCUACGAGUCUUCGGUUUACAAGGGCUCCUACAUUGCCCUCAGCAAACAUGGCCGCGCAAAGAGAGGCAACAAGGCCACCACCGCCAUGACUGUCACACACUUCCUCCCCCGAUUAUUAUGAUCAAAACUGGCAAUAACUCACGAAUUUGCACAUGUGGAUGUUCUCCCAGGUAAUAUAGAAUUAUACAAUAUACAUAUAAACCAUUACAAAAGGACUGCAAAAACUACACAAGUAUUUAUUAUCUUUAUAUAUGUAUAUUUGGAUAGCUACCUUUGUAUUAGAACUGUAUAUGCCAUUAUUUGCUGCUUAUCACUUUUAUCAUUAUCGAUUGAGGAGUGUAAGGCUUUGCCAGUCUUCACUUUACUUUGGUGCGUGCCGUAACUGAAGUAUGCUUCACCCUGGCCCAGUAUCUGUGCGUUAGAGAUGUUGACGAUGAGGAUAACGUGUCUACCUUCUAAUUCCCAGGAAGAUCCAAUUCAAACUCCCAUUAGACAGAUCUG